AGUUGGCGUCACUGCGCACUUCAUGUUUUUGAAUUGAAGCGGAAAUUUUGACAAGCGUCAACAAAAACUAAAGAAUGCAGAAUAAUUUGUUUUGUGACCCGGCUUUGGAGCGCCAUUUUACUGGACACGUGGGAUAUAUAACACAGUUACGUUUUAGCCCAGACGGCACACAAAUCGCAACCAGUUCAUUGGACGCCACUGUGAUACUGUGGAAUCUCAAGCAAGCCGCACGUUGCAUUCGCUUCGCUUCCCAUUCGGCAGCUGUUUACGGCGUCAGUUGGUCACCCAAGGGGAAUUUUAUAGCAUCCUGCAGCCACGAUCGCACUGUCAAAAUAUGGGAGCCGAAGGUGCGCGGUGUCUCCGGCGAGUUUCUGGCGCACAGUAAGCCCGUGCGCAGUGUCGACUUCGAUCCGACUGGACAGAUGCUGCUGACCGCCUCCGAUGACAAAGCCGUUAAACUGUGGCGUGUAUCGCGGCGCCAAUUCAUCUCGUCAUUUGCCCAGCAAACGAAUUGGGUGCGUGCUGCAAAGUUCAGUCCGAACGGGAAGCUGAUCGCCACCGUGAGUGACGACAAAUCGCUGCGAAUCUACGAAGUUGCCACCGGGGAAUGCGUGCGCAUCUUUACGGAGGAUCGUGCGGCGCCUCGUCAAGUGGCCUGGCAUCCUUGGGGCAACAUGGUAGCCGUGGCCCUUGGCUGUAAUCGUAUCAAGGUCUUCGAUGUGAAGAACAAUCAGCUGAUCCAACUUUACGUUGUGCACUCAGCACCCGUGAACGAUUUGUCAUUCCAUCCGAGUGGUAACUUUCUGUUGUCCGGCAGUGAUGAUAAAACCAUACGUAUUCUGGACCUGCUUGAAGGAAGGCCCAUCUAUACCCUGACCGGUCACACGGACUCGGUUAACGCCGUUGCCUUUACCCAGGACGGCAACAAGUUUGCCACCGCCGGCAGUGACCGCCAGCUGCUCAUUUGGCAAUCCAAUUUGCACACUUAUGACGCUUCGCAAUUUGAGGAGAAGUCGCUGUCUUCGUCCUGCUGCGACACUAGCUCCACUUCUAAGAUUAGCCUCGGUGCCAAUUCCAAGGCAUCAAACGAUAUGAGCAUUCGCAUCGAUCCACGGGAAUCGAUGGCUUAUCAGACAUUGGAUGAAAACUUCCAGGUGGUUGAUAGCGAACAUCAGAACACUAAACAACAGACACCGCAGGGCAGCACCCAUUCAUCAGUCCCCAAACACAGUCAAACACGCACCGAAAUGAAAUCACCGUCUUUGGAAUUUAAACGCAGCAAUCCAGCUCCACUUUUUAACUAAUUUUCAAUUUUAAUCGACACACAGCAGCCUUAUCCAUUCAACACUUCUCCAAGCACAUCGCAUAACUCGCCAACCUUCCACAGGUAUUGGAUGUGUCGAUGGAAUCGGACUCUGCCUCGGAUUGCUGCUCGUGUGCCGCACGGCUCGACGAGGUUAUCAACCACUUAACGCAACUGGACGAGCGAUUAAACCGAUUAGAACGAUUACAUUUGACGUAAAAGGCAUUCCAUGUGUGUGUGUUAAUUUAUUCUUAAUUAUAAGUUUUAUCUUUAAACAUUUUUGUAUACGGUGCUUCUUUCUAAUAUUCGAAUAAAAGGCUCAAACGAUUUAUGAACAACAAUUUUCAGCAAA